AUGAUUAAGGAAAAGCCCUCGGACUCGCCACUUUUGAGAAGUGAGCCCGUGGUUUACACCAACCACAGGGUUUUUCUCGUGGUGUUUCUCGCCUUCUGCCUGGUGCUUUCAUUAGUAGAGUGCAUUCUGCCAUUCCUUCAGGAAUUGUACAAGCCAGAUGAUAUCUCGAACGCUGGUUCCGUGAUGGCAUGGUUGCUAUUCUACGUGGCUGCCACCUGUCGUCUAGAUGAGCCAUAUGGUUUCAAGCAGGUGAUGAACUGCGGUCUAGUAUUGUGUGGGAUAAGAGCCAUUCUCGAGGCCGCAUCUCUAGCAACAGGCUCCAAAAGCCUUCAUGAAGUAACUCUGUUCUUGAGUACCGUGGGCGGUACUUAUGCUUUCCCCAACGCAAACUUCUUACUUGGAAAAUACUGCCCACGUUUUCUGUGGUUAGUCACCUAUUGCACAUACGCAUUGGCAGUAUUUGCUACGGUCAAGUUUUCGAGUAUCGCCCAGCACCCCUUGACCUACCCCGUGUUUGCCCUUCUUUGCUUGGUGAGUGCUUUCUUGCUGCAUCUGACCGUGCCCAAUGGACCCGUGCAACCGGUGUCAGUGAAGACAAUCUACCAUUUGGCUGGCGUUGCAGGACUAGCAGCUUUGCACUACAUUUGGGUCCUUUAUUCCACCAACAGUCCAGGUUCAUUGUGGUACUACCUACGUGCCGUUGCCAUCACCAUUGGAGUGUUUGGUUGCGAAUGGCUUGUUUUUAGGUAA